CAACUUCUGUAGGCGAUGGCUGAGACCAGAAAAGCACACCAAAGCCCAGAUGCUGGACCUGGUUGUUCUGGAGCAGCUCCUGGCUAUCCUGCCCCCAGAGAUGGAGAGCUGGGUGCGGGAGUGUGGAGCAGAGACUAGUUCCCAGGCAGUGGCCCUAGCUGAAGGUCUCCUCUUGAGCCAGGCGGAGGAGAAGAAAGAACAACUGGAGUUGCAGAUCAGAGAUCCUGAGGGAAAGUGGAAUCCAUCAGAUCCCCUUCAGGAGCUGUUUUUCAGGAGGAUAUCUCAAGAAGAGGACACCUCAGAGAAACAAAGGAUGGGGUUUUCUGGUGUUUAUGAUGGAGCAGAAACAGUGGUUGAACCUCCAAAUCAA